CAUGGCUGACGAAGUGUACGACGGUGCCAUUGGCAUCGACCUUGGAACCACCUACUCAUGUGUGGCCAACUAUGAGGGCGCUGGUGUUGAGAUCAUCGCCAACGAGCAGGGUAGCUUCACCACCCCAUCCUUCGUCUCCUUCACAUCUGAGGAGCGAUUGAUCGGUGAGGCCGCCAAGAACCAGGCUGCUAUGAACCCUGUCAACACCGUCUUCGAUGUCAAGCGUUUGAUCGGUCGGAGAUUUGACGACCCAACUGUCAAAAAGGACAUUGAGUCGUGGCCUUUCAAGGUUGUCAGCGACGAUGGCAGCCCUCGCGUCCAGGUUGAGUACCUCAACGAGACCAAGACUUUCUCUCCCCAGGAAAUCUCUGCCAUGGUCCUUGGCAAGAUGAAGGAGGUCGCAGAGGUCAAGCUCGGCAAGAAGGUUUCCAAGGCUGUUAUCACCGUCCCUGCCUACUUCAACGACAACCAGCGUCAAGCCACCAAGGAUGCUGGUGCCAUUGCUGGCCUCAACGUUCUCCGUAUCAUCAACGAGCCUACUGCUGCUGCCAUCGCUUACGGUCUCGGUGCCGGAAAGUCUGACAAGGAGCGAAACGUCCUGAUCUACGAUCUCGGUGGUGGUACUUUCGAUGUGUCCCUUCUUCACAUUCAGGGUGGUGUCUUCACCGUCAAGGCCACCGCUGGUGAUACUCACUUGGGUGGGCAGGAUUUCGACACGAAUCUUCUCGACCACUUCAAGAAGGAGUUUCAGAAGAAGACCAAGAAGGACAUCAGCGGCGACCCACGUGCUCUGCGACGUCUGCGAACUGCUUGCGAGCGUGCCAAGCGUACUCUCUCCAACGGUACUCAAACCACCGUUGAGAUUGACAGUCUUUUUGACGGAGAAGACUUCAACGCCAACAUUACUCGAGCCCGAUUCGAGGAUAUCAACAGCAAGGCCUUCAACGGCACCAUUCAGCCCGUUGAACAGGUCCUCAAGGACUCCGGCAUCGACAAGAGCAAGGUUGACGAGAUCGUCUUGGUCGGUGGCUCCACCCGUAUCCCGCGCAUCCAGAAGCUUCUCUCCGACUUCUUCAACGGCAAGAAGCUCGAGAAGAGCAUCAACCCUGACGAAGCCGUUGCAUACGGUGCUGCUGUCCAGGCCGGUAUCCUUUCCGGCAAGGCCACCUCGGCUGAUACCGCAGACAUGCUUCUCUUGGAUGUUUGCCCUCUUUCUCUUGGUGUUGCAAUGGAAGGCAAUAUCUUUGCUCCAGUUGUUCCCCGCGGUAACACUGUGCCUUGCUUGAAGAAGCGAACUUUCACCACUGUCUCUGAUAACCAACAGACAGUCCAGUUCCCCGUUUUUCAGGGAGAGAGAGUUAACUGCGAGGACAACACUUCGCUUGGAGAAUUCACUCUUGCACCAAUUCCACCGAUGAGGGCUGGUGAGGCCGUGCUCGAGGUUGUUUUCGAGGUCGACGUCAACGGUAUCCUCAAGGUAACUGCCACUGAGAAGACAUCUGGCCGCAGCGCCAACAUCACCAUCGCCAACUCUGUCGGCAAGCUCAGCAGCCACGAGAUCGAGAAGAUGGUCGACGAUGCUGCCAAGUUCAAGUCCAGCGACGAGGCUUUCAGCAAGAAGUUCGAGUCACGACAGCAAUUGGAGAGCUACAUCAGCCGUGUCGAGGAGAUUGUUUCUGACCCGACGAUGAGCAUGAAGCUGAAGCGUGGCCAGAAGGAGAAGAUCGAGAGCGCCCUGUCCGACGCCAUGGCCCAGCUCGAGAUCGAGGACGCCAGCAGCGAUGACCUCAAGAAGAAGGAGCUCGCACUCAAGCGUGUCGUCACCAAGGCCAUGUCUACCCGCUAAGCGGUUCCCUUUCAAUCCUCUUUAGCGAUCUUUCGGACAAAUUGUCUUCUGGCGUCUACAUGCGAUGAGGCCCGAGGAUUUCAAUUUUUUGAGCUUUCUAUGUGAUGCCAGCCUAUUUCUGUGCUUAGUAUAGAUUCAGGUAACGAUAUGAUGGGAUGACCGCCAUUCGACAUGAAAAAAGUUUUCAAUGUUUGAAAACAGCCAGAAAUUUUAGUCACGAAGA